GAGCUACCUCCUCCAAGUGGGCUCCAAAAAUCACCUUUCAGAACCGUGCUAUCACGGAUUCGGACUCAGUGGUCUCAGAAAAAGACCACCUGAUGGCCUUCAACUUGGCUAAAGGUGUUUGUCUUCCAGCCGACAUGAGGCACCACGACCACCUGACCGAGCUGAAGGCCCUUCGCUCGUCCACAAAAUCCAUGGUGCUGGCCAUACAGAAAAACCACAUCGCUCACAAGCGAGUGUUGGAACUAAGGAAAGCAACAAGGCAGGCCAUGGCAGAAGCUGAAGCCAAAACGGCCAAGCUAGAAGCAUCUCAACAGAAGACCGCCGAGCUAGAGGCCAAGGUCACCCGUCUGACCGGACUAGUUACCUCGGCUAACGCUGAUAAACAAAGGUCCCUGACUGUGAUGAAAGAUAAAUACCUGCGUGAGCUGACCAAGCUUGAAGGCAAGAAGAACGCUGAGAUCGCCGAGCUGCAAAAGAAGGCAGAUGAUGCGGAUGCUCAAGGUUUCAAGGAGGGAGAGGCUCUUUACAUUAAGCAAUAUGAGGCAGCCAAAGACUUGUUCUUUAAAUGCAGAUGGAGGGCAGCCGUGCCCAGCUCGGUCAUGGACCAGAGACCGAGGUUUUCAACCCUCCUCCGUAUUUUAUCCCGGAUUUGAUGACGGAGUACGCUGCGUCCGUUCAGCAACAGUUUCUUCAGUCUGAGGAUGAUGAAGAAGAAA